GUCGACUCCAUCCUGAGGGGCGACUACCUGACACCGCUGGGCGCCGCGGGGCCCAAGAGGCUCUGCCUGGUGUGCGGUGACUUUGCGUCCGGUUAUCACUACGGCGUGGCGUCCUGCGAGGCCUGCAAGGCGUUCUUCAAGAGGACCAUACAAGGCAACAUCGAGUACAGCUGCCCGGUGAUGAACGAGUGUGAGAUCACGAAGCGCAGGAGGAAAGCCUGUCAGGCCUGCCGCUUCCAGAAGUGUCUCCAGGCCGGGAUGAUGAGGGAGGGCGUCCGUAUGGACCGCGUCAGAGGAGGGCGGCAGAAGUACAAGAGGCGCGUGGAGGUCGGCCUGAGUUUGUACGGCAGAGUCCCGUACGGUCACCCCGUCAGCAGAAACAAGGUGAUUUCACACCUGCUGCUGACAGAGCCCGCCCCCCUGGCUGCCAAUCAGGACGACUCGACCACUGACGGCAGCCUGCGGACGCUGCUGACCCUCUGCGACCUCCUGAACCGCGAGCUGCUGGUUCUGAUCAGCUGGGCCAAACAGAUCCCAG